GUAAACAUCUCAGUGGGGCUUGUUCAACGUGUUUUUUCUCUCGCAAUUUUUUGUAAAGUCCAGUGAAAAAGAUAGGACACAGGGUUGCCGAAUCUCUGCCUUGUAUAGAGGAUAGAUACCGCAUGGACCGUUUUCUCACAAGGCGUAGGCUACAUCCACAGCGGAAGCGCCGAACGGCGGAGAACGGGCGUUCAGUGGCAACAUGCCAUAGGGACGAUGUGCUAUUGGUUGAGAAAUUAUUGAGAGCCUUGCCUCUUCCCUGGCCCGAGCUGUCCAGAUUGUAUAGGAGCCACCAACAGCCCAAUCUUCUUUAUCGGAGUGACAGCUUCAAAUUCGAGAGAUUUCAACCGGCUCCACAAUCAGAUGUAGCCGACUCUCAGAUAUCUCUACAAGACGAGUAUGCAGUUCCUAUAGAUUUAAUUGCUCACACCCGACCCAGCAAUACAUUACUAGAUACAAAUACAAAAUGGCUGACUGGGAAUAGAUACGGACAAGCGAUACAAAUAAUCGACACCUACUCAGAUCCAAGAGAUUCGAAAACUUAUGUGCAACAAACUGAAGAAAAUUCAACACAGAACGUUUACUACGCCAAUACAAGGGAUUAUACACUUCCAUUCACAGACUGUACGUCUCACAUCCAGUCCGACGAUGACGUCAUUCCGGCGCCAAUUUCGAGCAGAUCAAGACACCGUCACCAUUCCGCUAGCAGACAAUCUGGCAGACACCCGCCGCGCAGAGGAGACGACGAAGAGGAAGAAAGAGGAGAGGAUGGAGCAGUAGAAAGAGGGAGAGAGAGCGCCAGUCUGUAUAGCAGUGCCCAUAAGAAACGAACCAGACCUGCUGGAUCUAGUAAAGGUCAGAGAAAGAGGGAAGACGCCGAGCGACAGAGAAGAUACAGGGAAGAGCUUGAUGCAGAAGAGAGAAGGCGCGCUAAUUCGACCAUUGGUAGAAGAGAGAGAGGAAAUAAUUAUCAGUCUGAACAAAGUCAACAGUAUAACAGUGAACAGCGGAGAAGGACCCCGUACUACUACGGUGAUCUUAUAGGAGCCGAUGGAGGAGGGGACCCCAUGCCUCCCCAACACAGCUCCGACCCCCCAACCCUGAUGAGUCGACUGUAUGAGACUGCAUUUGACUGCCGAGUCAACAGAUCCGAAGACGAACUUGAGGUGGAUAUAGUGACGCAUCGUUCACUGUUACAAUCUUCACCCUCAACUCAGUCACAGUUAUCGGAGUCACGGUUACCGCAGUCACGGUUACCGCAGUCACAGUUACCGCAGAAGAACUACCAGUUACCAGUUGAUCAACACCAUAAACAUGAGAGACAUCAGUUGCUGACGUCAGCUGAUAGGGAGAAGAAUUUGAGAGACAGGGAAACGGUAGAAGAUGAAGAAGAGAUGCUAGGCCGAGAACUCUCUCGCCUGGGUCUUUCGGGGGGAAGUGAACCUCCCUCUGCUCCCUCCAGUGCCCCCCUGCCGGCCAAAUUCGGCGCCUCACAUGCGGUGAAACGCGUUUCGAGCCAUAGGCACCAUCAUCAUCAUCAUCAUCAUCAUCAUUCUAGACUCAAAGACAUCUGGUUGCCGAUCAAGUCACUGAGAUCACGGGGUAACGAUUCAAGGUCGACCUCUCGGAUCUUCCCUUCGAUAUGCCCAAGCUUCGCAGACGUCGUAUGCAACAACUGCAGCAGACGUCAAGCAUCGCAGACGACAAGUCGCACGAUAAGUCGUACGAUAAGUCGUACGACAAAUCGCGUCGUAAACCGCAGUCACCGCUUCAAGUACAGUCGCUGGAUUUGUCGCAUCUAGCCUGCUCGGUUGACCUGACCGAUGUACCGUUUGAUAUGCCGAAACUGCGCAGGCGUGCUCUACAAUGUAACGGGGGUGGGGAUGAUGAUACAGGGUCGACCACAUCUAUAGACACCACUUCCUUCAAAUUAAGAAGACGUCAGCGAUUAUCACUACCGCUUAGCAAUGCGUCAUCACAGCUGCAGGAUGCCCAUCAAUCAGAGAAAAAGCCCAGUUUGAACCUGGAUUUGAGCAGAGCGUCGUGUAGCAAAUCAUCUACCUCAGCAGUGCAUCUAGAUUUGGACGAAACGUCUGCAGCUGCUCUGGGAGAAGCGAUAGAUGUCAAUAUCCCUCUAGAUAAACAAGGAUGGUAUCACGGUGUAAUCACAAGACUGGAAGCUGAAAAUGUUCUCAGAUGUCACAGAGAGGGCAGCUAUUUAGUAAGAAACAGUGAGAGCUCCAGAAAUGACUACUCUCUCUCUCUAAAGAGUGCAAGAGGAUUUAUGCACAUGCGCAUACAGUUAUGCGCAGAAAGCGGAAAUUACAUAUUGGGCCAAUUUAGCAGCCCGUUUGCCACAAUCCCGGCUAUGAUACAGAACUAUACUGUGAAUAGGCUGCCUAUCAGGGGCGCAGAACAUAUGUGUCUAUUGCACCCGGUCAUAGAGCAGCUGCUAUGAGUCGAAACACUCCCCACUUAUCAGGUAUCUAUCAUCCAUGAUGAAAUAUUGCCAAUAUGAGAAUAUAUAUACAUAUAUAUCAUUCCAAGAGAUAAAACCUCCAAUGAAUACAGAAAUCUGAAAAUCUACAGGAUUAUAAAUUCUUAAAAAAUGAUCCAAUGCUUGAAUACUAUAGUAAUCAACUUGUAACUAAUAAUAUUAACUAUUAAUACACAAUAUUAUCAUUACGUUAUAAUAGUUGAAUUAACACUAUAGUGAGGUCCACGUUAUAAUGGUGUAUAAAGUGUUUGAUUAACAUUGGUGUUGCUAUCCUUGUCUAUUGAAUGAAAAAGACUAAGAAAUUGUCA